CUUACACGCGCACCAUCUUCUGUCACGAUACCCCGUGGCCCUGUGCCGUGAAACCCGGCGCCACGCAGAUGACGCUCAUUGAGAUGCAAGACACGGCCCACACCUGUUUCUCUCGCCAGCCAUUCAGUGCCAGCCUGCUAGCCCUCGUCAAGCAGCACGCCGCAUAUGCGCGCGCCCGAUCGCACGGCAACUACCUGCCGGCUCUGAGGGCAGUCGCGCGCGAAGCUGCCACCAUUGACACCAGCCGCACGCGCCUGUUCCUCGUCUUCCUCAGCGACGGCGCCCCCAGCGACCACACAUCCACACGGGGCAUGACGCCCGUGGACGUCAGCAACGCGUGCAUUCAGGCGGUGGAGCAGCUGGGGGCCGCAGCGGGCGGGAGGGACCCUAGCACCAUCAGCAGCUCGCUCUCAUCGCUGCUCACCGACCUGGGCACUAGCGGAGGUGGAGGCAAGGGUGCCACGGUGCGGCCCGCCGUCGUGCCCACAACUGUCCGCCUGGAUUACAACGAGAAGGUGUGGAUUCGCGCAGUGGACGGCUGGGUGUUCUACCCGCACACCGCCGUGGUGUCGCGCGUGCGCUACAAUGCCGCCGGACAGCAGUUGACGUUGGCUCAGGCAACAGCGCAGCGCGGCCUGGCGGUGCGGCGGCAGAAGUUCGGCGAGGGCGCGGAGCGGGCCGUGUUCCAGGCGACAGUUGUGGUCGUCAGCGGGUCGUCUGCGUACACGGUUGGGCCGCGGCUGGUGGCCAAACAGCCGCGGUUCCUGGAGCAGCUGACCGGCGCCAUGCGCUUCCAGCAGGAGACCUUCUGCCGCGUCCAGGCGGAGGCAGAGGCCCUGGCCCAGAAGUUCAACCGGCAGCCGGCGGUGCGGGAGGCGGCCUGGCAGCAGGUGGCCUUCCUGCAAGUCGUGGUGUGGCGGGUGCUGGACACGGAGGGCGUGCGGGGCACCGGCAGCCGCGUGGUGGACAUGCUGGUGGAGGAGCUGGAGGGGCAGCUGAUCAAGUGGAACAACAACAACGGCGGGGUCGCGCGCAGCAUGGGCGGCAUCACGGAGGGCGGCGGCGGCAGCCGCGCAGCGCCGGACCCGGCCAUGGUGGUGAUUGCGGACGACGACGGGGAGGAGUACGAGGAGGAGGGAUACGAGCAUUACGGAGAUGAUGGCGCGGAGGUGCGGCCGGAGCACGUGCCACAGGCCUUCUCGCACUUCACGUGGCAGGCCACGGGCGGAACUAAGCCCGUGUACAAUUUGCAGGGCACGUGGACCGAGGCCGACGGCUUCACGCUGACCGACCCCGUCAUCCACCACGCGCGCGGCCACAAGCUGAACGGCGCCACGGAUGAGGGCCUGGAGGGCGUGCGCAGCUUCUUCCGCACCCACACCUGCAACGCGCUGUGCAGGCGGCUGGGCCUGCGUGCAGCGAUCGUAUGAAUACUGCUGAUUGUCAUUGGGUGCGAGGCGGGAAGGGGUUGCGGGACGUGCUGGUGGGGUUCACCUGCAGGAGGGGCCGUCCAUGUAUGGGCCCAUGCCGUGGCUAGAUAAGGUGGAUGUGUACGCCGAAGCCGUGCACAUGGAACAAGCACCAUACUCUGAGACGGGACGGUGGGGUAAGGCGCGUGGGGUGGCCCUGCACCACCGAGAGGAGGCAGGCGAUGUGUGCGUUCACGUCCCUGCGUACCUGUGCCUACUAGCAGCCACCUCGACUCCCGUGCAAAGAUGGCCAGCAUGUCCGCCUUCAUGUACCAGCGAAGAUACGUGCUAGGAGAGGCGUUUUGAUUUUACCUGGUGUGUAAGAGUCGUAGGCGAGCAGAUGGCGCUACGGUGCCUUGUUGCGGGACGCGGGCGGACCGCAAGUGGGGCUCCAACAACUAGCACUGCGGGGUAACUGGCUCGGGAUCUGUUGAGAAUACUUUGGAUGGACUGUGGGCGUGUGGCGUGAAGGUAUUGAGGGCGGAUGAGGCGGAUUAGUUCCGGGGAAUUGGGGCAGCUUGCAAAGGCGUGGGGCAGGUGACAAGGGCACCCCUCCUGGCUGCGACGGGCAACACGCACCCAAUCGUUGCACGAAUCCGUGGCAUUGCGAGGCGUUUGUUCCUGACCGUCGCAAAUUUCACCUAGAAGUUAUGCA